AUGUCAGUCACUGAUAACAUUAAGGUCGAUACUAAUGACAAUCAAUCCGACGAAACAUACACGACACCGAUCAGUCCAUUGUCACCAAAAGAUAAAUCGCCUGUUUCAAAUGAACAACCUGAAAAAGAAAGUUCUGUUAACGAAAUGACAUCUAUGAUUCAGUCAUCCAAUGAUUUAACCUUUCCGUUAGAAGAUUCAUGGGCAUUUUGGUUUUUUAAAAAUGAUAGACAAUGCGAAUGGAAAGACAAUCUUAUACAAAUAACGACUGUAUCGACAGUUGAGAGUUUUUGGUCGGUUUACAAUCAUUUACAAGUAGCUAGUCGAUUAGGACAAGGUUGUGAUUAUCUUCUGUUCAAAACUCAUAUUCAACCAAUGUGGGAAGAUAAAUUCAAUCGUUCCGGUGGACGAUGGUCAUUAAAUUUGAAUAAAAGUCAACGUGCAACUGAACUUGACAAAUAUUGGCUCUUCACUUUACUGUCAUUGAUCGGUGAUCAAUAUACUGAAGAUGCGCAACAUGUCAACGGUUGCGUUGUGUCAAUACGAAGUAAAGGUGAUCGCAUUAGUUUGUGGACAAAAGAUUGGAAAAAUGCUGAUGUGACAAAACGAAUCGGAAAUCGUUUUCGUGAAGUAGCGGAUAUUCAUCGAAGUUUACCAUUGAUUUUCGAAAGUCAUGAAGAUCAAGAAUCAAAACGCGGUGCAACAUCAAAAAUUCUCUUUCGAGCCUGA